ACCGGCGCUGGAGAAGGAAAGCAACGCACGGUCGGAAUCUCUCCUUCUCUUCCAUCUUCAUAUGUUCUUAAUCAUCAUCCCUAGCCUUCAUCGGAAUCCUCGCAGUUUACACAAGUUCAUCGAUACAUUAUGGAGAGAUUUUUCAAAAGGAAAUUUUCAUCUUUACAAGAAAAUAAAAGUGAUAGUGGACCUUAAAAUGGAAGUAUGCCUCUUUCUGUGUCUGAGUGUCAAGGGGUCUUGGAAUCAAAAGUGCCAAGGAGAUGAACAUAGCCUUUGUUGCUAAACUUGGGUGGCGUCUUUUAAAUGAAAGAGACAGCUUGUGGGCUAGAGUAUUAAUAUCUAAGUAUGCAAGACAUAGAACGGGAAAAGAUAUGUUUCAAAGCACGAAGGGUGAUUCUAAUGUUUGGAAAGGAAUUACUAAUGCCAUGCAAUUGGUGGGCACAAGCUUUAUUCACAAGAUCAAUAGCGGCACCGAAACAAAGUUCUGGUUGGAUACAUGGGUUGGAGAGGAGCCGUUGAUUAACUUCAUCCAGGACGUGGGAGCACUACGUAACAUGCAUGCAGCUGUCGCUGAUAUGUGGGAUGACAUGAGCGGGUGGAAAUGGGACCACCUUCCCAAUCUACCAGCAAAUAUUGUAUCCUAUUUACAUUUGUUGGUGCUUGAUAGAUGCUCAAGUAGAAGAGACGAAGUGUACUGGAAGCACAAACCUUCAGGUAAGUUCUCUGUUGCUUCAGCAUAUAACAUGAUUAAGGGCGUUAACUCUAAUCUGCAGGAAAAAAGUUGGUCAAUGAUUUGGAAACUCAAGGUCCCAAGCAAAAUCAAACUUCUGCUAUGGACCAUGAGCCACGAUAGAGUGUUGGGAAACGCUGAGCGCAAGAGGAGAGGCUUGACGGCGGAUGGUAGCUGCCCCAUAUGCAGCGGGCAUGAAGAGACAACUGAUCACAUAUUUAGGUCUUGCAUCAAGGCUAAACGUGUCUGGAAUGACAUUGGGGUCAACAUGAACACAAAUAGCGAUGGUGAGGUCAAGAACUGGAUCUACAAAAAUGUCUCACAGAAGAUACACAGCAACAUCGACAGCGACUGGGGUAUCACUUUUGCCACUGCUUGCUGGUGGAUAUGGCGAUGGCGAAAUGCUAGGAUUUUUAGUGGCGAGGAGCUGGAAGAUAAACGGAAGAUCAGUUGGAUCAAAGAGGCAGUUAGAGAAAUUAAUACUGCUUUUCGGAGACAUCGGAUGGUGGGCAACAUUCCCAACUCAGUCGAUUGCUCGCUUAGGUGGAAGAUGUCUCAAGAUUGUGAAUGGACCCUCAAUGUUGAUGGUAGUUGCAAAACAUUCAUCGACAAAGCAGGUAUCGGUGGUGUCCUUCGGAAUAGCAGAGGUGAGUGGAAAGGUGGUUUUACGGCCAAGGCUAGAGAAAGGAGUGCAACAUCGGUGGAAGUUAUGGCCAUCUCUGCAGGUAUUCAGUGGGCUUGGGAACAAGGAGUUCGAGAACUUGAGAUUCAAACGGACGCAGGUGAGGCUGUUAAGUGGAUUGCUGAGAAUAAUUCACUUAGAGGACCUACUCGUCACAUCAUUGAUAACAUUAAGAAGUGGCAAACUAAGUAUAGAAGGAUCAAGAUAAAGAGCAUAUUCCGCGAACAAAAUCUUGCGGCUGACCACAUGGCUAGUAUUGGAGCUUUUCAGCAUGCUGAUUGGAUUGAGCAUGAAGUUCCCCCACCUGGGAUGGAGGACAUCAUUACAAGGGACAAGAUAGGCGUUACCAGAAUUCGCAGAGUUACUUCUCCUGAGGAGACGAGUUAGUUCGGGGUUUCCCCCCUCCCCAUUUGAUCAAAAAAAAAAGUUAGGUGGAAACACCAAUGUUGGAAUGGUUUCCACAAAUGAGAUGCUCCACAAUGUCACAAUGGGCACUACGAGCAAACAGGUUGCUGUACUUCGAUAUUAUUAACCAAAAGGAGUAAUAGCCUAGUUGGCAACAUGGUCCAGGGAGUGAAACACUUAAAAAUUUUCACAUAUCCCAAAUUGAUUGUACCCAAACAAUGUACAAUUUGCCUUUGCACGAGGAUCCAAGCUUCGAAUGACUUCCGCCGCCCAAGGAACAACUCUAUUCACAUCAAUUCUUGUCCUUCUAAGAAUUUGAUCCGCAUGCUCAUAGCACUAUUUUAACAAUACAAGAAAAAAUAAUUAAGCAAAAUUUCAAAUAAUUAAUAUUAAAUUAAAGACAAUACAUACGAAGUAAUGAAUAGAUUAUUACGUU